AUGUACACUCGAAGCCGUCCGUACUCCUAUGAUGACCAAUACAACAUUAUCUUGAAAAAUACGGUGAAGCAUUCAUCUCAGAGCAACUGCAUGAUUUCAGACUUUGCUGCCAUCGAUUACUUCCAGUUUGACUUUACCGAGCUUGAGCUACACAACUCUUGGAAAGUUGUACACAGCGGUAGUAUAAAUAAGUGCUUCAUACCACAUAGCACCGACAUUGCAAGAUUGGAGAACUUGAGCUGGAGAAAGUGGACACAGUUGAAGUACAACUUGGAGGAAGUGUCACCAGCAAUGGUUGACUGGAACAAAGAAUGCGAUAUUACUUGGUUGUACGGUCCGCUCGUGAGAAACGAUGGAAACUCUGAAAGCUUUGGAUUUGAAUCAUCGCCUACUCAUUUAACUAACGUGAAACGUUCUACAAGUAUUUGCAGUAUGUCAAGUACCUGUACGGUAGACAGUCUACCACUGUACAGCGAUGUGAGUGAUGAAGAAUCCUUAGAUGGUGACGACGAUAAUGAAGCUGGAUUCAUCAAGCCAAUCCUCAAACACCGCUAUUCACAUGGUCCGUUUGGUUUGGAGGAUCUAAGACGUUCCAAUCAGAGCAUCAAUGACACAAGAAAAUUCCGCAAAAGUGUGAGCUUUUCCGAUAUGGUUGAUAUCAGACAAUUUUAG